AUGGCUUCUAGGGCUCGGACCUCCUUGAGAAGGCCGGUCACCGUAGCUGCCCUUGCGGCACUCCUCUUCGGUCCAGUGCAGUGGCCAGCCUUGGGCUUCUGCAACGACAAGCUCGUCAUAUCUAGAGGCUCAUCGGGAAGCUCCCUGAGAGCUCAACCGCCGGACGUGAAGCCCGAGCCCGACUUCGGUGCGGAGUUUGCCAAGUCGCUCCAGGAAGGGCUGGGCUUGAAUGAGGCCUACGACAAGGAGGUGACUGCGGCGCAGAGAGUCACGCCAAUCGAUCGCCUGUUUGGGUGGGACAAAGGUAUCAUCGCUUCCCGGGAUGAUUUGGAUCCGUUUAUGGACUCCCGCGAUGAGAUGAAUUAUGUCUCCGUCAGUCUGGACAAGCCAUUGGGUUUAGAGUUCCUGGAGAACGGGGCAGAUGAGGGUGGAGGUGUCCUGAUCGGCAAGGUGCAGCCAGCAUCCAAUGCUGACCAAACCGGUUUGCUCAGAGCAGGCUAUCACCUCGUGUUUGUGAACGGUACGCCUGUUCACGGCUUGUCCUUCGAUGCCGCGAUCCGACCCAUCGUGGAGUCGGAAGGGGCUGUGCAGCUCACGUUCUUCAUGGGCGAGGCAGAGUACUUCUAUGGCGAAUGGAAGCCAGGUGAGGAGUGGCUGGGGGAGUUCCAACAAAAACUGUCUCAACCGGAGGAUGAGGAGCAGUAG